GCGGACCAUGCUGCCCUUCCGGCUCCGACGCCAGAGCUCCUGUUGGCGAAUUAUUAUCGGUCCCAAGAGUUUUCCGAGUGCUGGAACAGCUUCGUGAAUGAGUUUUGUAACGCCACCCAUGUGGAUCACCAGGAUCAAGAGUCGUCGCCAGAUAUCCUGGACUACAAUGCCCUCUGCGACUGGACUGCGGACUAUCAUGGCCCGCCAUCUAGGUCUGAGCAGCAGCGCACCACUUCGGGUGUGCAGUCUGGGGAUCGC